AUGGUCAGUAGUCCUUUACAGCAAAGCAAUUUGGUUUUAAUUUUCUUAUUAUGUUAUCUUGUUGAGUUGUAUUAUGAUAUUUUUUACUAUGCUGAUGACACUGCGAUCCUAGUCAGGCAUACAUCCAUCGAACAUGUCACGAGACUACUUCAAAAGGCCCUUGAUGAACUUGAAGAUUGGUUUCGGCUCUGGCGGAUUGAUGUUAAUCCAGCUAAGAACGUCGCAGUGUUGUUCUCUCGAAGGGGCGCCACACCAGCUGGCGAGCUAACAGUUUUCGGUGAAGAGGUUGAGUGGAAGCCUUCAGCCAAAUAUCUGGGAGUCACCCUUGCUAAAGGACUGCGUUUUAAGCAGGACAUAGAGAUGGCCAGGAACAAAGCCUGUGCCACUAUCAGAUUACUCUAUCCCUUAACAAACAGGAAGAUCCGCCUUAACUCCCAAAGCAAGUUGGCCAUCUAUAAAUCAAUUAUCAUAUCUGGCAUGACUUAUGCGUCUCUUGCUUGGGGCCAUGCAGCGCACACUCACAUGCACAAGCUGCAAGUAAUACAAAACAAGACUUUAAGAACCAUUUUCAAUGCUCCCUGGUACGUCAGGAAUGAGCAACUGCACCGUGAGGCCAACAUACCUUACCUCUCCGAAUACAUGACGAAGACAGCGACGAAGGCUUUUGCCAGAGCUGAGACCCAUACAAAUCCUCUCCUGCAGGAGGCCAUCGAUUAUGACCUGGGUGAUUACCACAUCCACAAAAGGCCAAGAAUGGCCGCUACCUGA